AUGCGCAACGCUUCGCCAAAGACCGGUAUUACGUCAAACAAAAGCUCUGAAACAACGGCGAAAGCUCCAACUCUUCAAAUUAUUCCUCACGAUGAGAUUAUCAGUCUAUUCGAACAACGAAAGGGGGCCCAAUACUUCAUUCCUGAAGGUUUCGAACCUGUCUUAAUCCCAAGUAAUUCUUCAUUACCUAAUCUUCUACAAAACGAUAAAGGCGUACAACAACAGCUUCUUGCACAUCAUAAACAGCUAAAACUUAUUAACCAAAAUAUAUUUCCAUCAUUAGUUUUAGCUCGUCCUUCAGCACCUACUCCGCGGGGCGGAAUAGUUACUAAAGCUGUUAAGCCCAAGAAACCACCAAGACCACCAAAUGCCUUUAUUCUUUAUCGAAGGUCCAAACAGCCCGGAAUAGUGGCAGCCAAUGAAGGUAUUACAAACAAUGAAGUAUCUAAGCAAGUUGGGGAAAUGUGGCAUAAAGAGCCGCUUGAAGAGAAAAUGAGGUUCCAACGUAUGGCCGAUGAAGCUAAACUCCAGCACAUGGAGAAAUAUCCCGAAUAUAAAUAUCGACCAAGACGGCCUCAUGAAAAAAGAAGAAGAAACAAAAGACAAAAUACCGGCCUUGGAAACAGUAACGUUAUGCCCAAUAAUAACAACACGACCAUUAAUAAUAAGCCUACCACGAGUGUCAUCAAUAAUACAAGUUCUCCUCUUAUUAGUUCAAGUCCUAUAAUUAGUAACGUAAACAUAAAUAACAUAAAUGAACUUCUACUUCUUGAUCGCCGUGCAUCGGUUGAUACAAUUGAUACUAUAAGUACUUCAGAUUAUGUUGACGAAUCUCGUAGAAAUUCACUUUUAUCUAUAAAUGAACAAUUUGAAGAAUUUGAAUUACCAAUAUUUGAAAAUACCGUUUCCCCAAUAAUUGAUGAUAAUUGUCAAUAUCAAUUCCAACCAUCAACGACGCCGCCUUCUUCUUCAGAGUCCCCGGAUACAUAUAAUGAUUAUAAUAAUGUUUGUGUCGAGACCACUGGUACCAAUUCUUUAGACCUUUUUAUGGAGGGUGUUUCACCUGGAUCGGAAUCAGAAGUUAACCCUUUUGAUUAUUUUUUCACACCACCCAAUGAACCUUAUAACUUUAUUCCAUUUGGGGAAUUUGAUUUAAGUAACUUGAUGUCUUCCCCAAAUAUUGGAAUUGAAAUGGUUGCUAACAUGGAAUAA